AGCUCCAUUGUCCUCCCUUUUGCCUGAGACUCCCGCCACCUAGUACUAUGGUGCAACGUGGUCGGGGAACGCAGGGAACACCGCAACGAUGACACAAGCCGGGCUCAGCGACAUCUCCGCCAGAUUCGCAGCCGACCUCCCCAUCUCCCUCCUCCACGCCGAACUCGCACGACGACAGGCAGCAGGCGAACGGCCAGCUUGCGGCUCCGACAAUACCAACCGGGAAUAUAACUUCCCCUUACACGUCUUCGCCCUCCUCCUCAUUCUCGCUCUCUCCACGCUCGCCUGUUCGUUCCCUCUGAUUGUGCGCUGCUACCCCAAGCUGCCCGUUCCGCAUCAUGCGCUCUUCAUCAGUAGACACUUUGGCACUGGCGUGCUCAUCGCGACGGCAUUCGUGCAUUUACUGCCCACUGCGUAUACCAACCUGACGAACCCAUGUCUACCGCCAUUCUGGACAGACACGUAUCCGGAGAUGCCGGGUCUCAUUGCCAUGAUCAGCGUUUUGGUAGUAGUCGGCGUGGAAAUGUUCUUCGCAAUGCGCGGCGCUGGACACAGUCACCACGUUGACUUUCAGCAAUUGCGAGGCGGCCAUGGGCAUGAAGGAGAGGGAAUAUCAGAUCGUCCGGCUGGAAGAGGCAGAAGCACGAGUUUCAACAGUUUCCGGCAGGUACCAUUGGACGAUUUGGAUAGAGAGGAGCAACCGGAGAGGAGUCCAUACAUGGAUGCUCCUCCCACGCCGCACAGUCCGGCUGGGAGCUCGUUGAAUAAGCCGCUGCCGAGGACGCCCAGUCCCGGAAAAGAAGACGAUGAGGAUGAAGAUGACGAUCUGGAUCUGAACGAGCUGGAUCCACAUACGGAUGAUAUGCAGCCUCUGACGAGAAAAACAUCAGAUUCGGACGACGACGAUGACUUUCCUCUGAACGGGCACGCGAAUGGCGGCGCUCGUCCUGACACUCAUAAACGUAAAGUCUCCUGGGCAGCACAAGGUGCUGCAAACUCCGAUCACCAAGCACAUACACCAGCGGUCCUGCCCACUGCUCAAGAGCAGCGCCUCAUAGUACAAUGCCUUAUGUUGGAAGCUGGCAUUCUUUUCCAUUCCGUCUUCAUCGGCUUAGCGGUCUCUGUCUCCACGGGUUCGUCCUUCGUUGUUCUUCUGGUUGCUAUCAGCUUCCAUCAAACAUUCGAAGGCCUGGCUUUGGGCUCUCGCAUAGCAUCAAUUGGCUCUUUCUCGACUUCCUCAUACAAACCUUGGCUUAUGUGCGUCAUGUACGGGAUCACAACACCAAUCGGCCAGGCAAUUGGUCUAGGAGUUCAAGGACUUUACGAUCCUGCAUCGCAACUGGGACUACUGAUGGUGGGCAUCAUGAAUGCAAUCAGUAGUGGGUUGCUGAUAUAUGCUGGACUGGUUCAGCUACUCGCAGAAGAUUUCUUGAGUGAGACAAGUUAUACGGAGCUGAAAGGCAAGAGGCGAUUACAAGCUUGUGCCUCUGUGGUUGCGGGAUGUACACUUAUGGCUCUGGUGGGCGUGUGGGCUUAACCUCUAGCAUGUCCCGCGUACUACAGCAAAUGCAACUUAUUGACGGGUCUCACUUCCGCAUAUGCACAGGCGUUUUGGCAAGUGAAGUCUGACGUUUGGCUUUGUUUGCUACACGGGCCCGCGACUCAGCCACAAAAAGAGAUUUUCCACACUUGCGGACAGCUUCUCAUCAUCUUCAGCUUGUCAGUCACAGAAACAACAUGGCCCAAGCAGGCCCCUCAGAGGGCAACCACGGGUUCUACGAGAUCAAGGAUGCUGGACGCAAAGGACAAGGAGCGUUUGCUUUGAAAGAUAUCUGCGCCGGAACUCGUAUUCUUGUGGACGCUCCUCUUUUCGUCAUUGACAAGAACAGCCAGGACGACAUCGAGCUUGCCGACAUCCUCUCGAAGCUAUCGGCUUUGC